AUGGACGGGCUUUUUACGCUCGUGUGCCUAAGUCUCCUUAUGGGAGCAGCGUCUUUUAUCGUUGGGUCAUUGCCAUUGACCUUUUCUCUGUCCUCGUCGCAGCUUCGGCUUAUAUCUGCGCUGGGAAUGGGAUUGUUAGUAGGCACGUCGUUGAUUGUGAUUAUCCCCGAGGGAGUCGAGACGUUAUACAGCUCUCGUGUGAAACCGAGUCAGCAUGGAAACGAGGUUGGGCAUGGACAUGGACAUCGAAAGAGGGAUGUGCUAGGACAUGGCGUUGAAGUUCGAUGGAACCACGGGGCGGAAGUGGUGUCUGUUCCAUGGUCUAUGGACGGGCAUAGUAUCAAGAGUGAAGCGGACUGGCGGCUGUCUGGUCGAGAGGAGGCUGCUCCUGAAGCCAACCAGCCACAGCCCAAUGCACCUACAGAUGGAGAGAGUAGUGAUGGCAAGGGGGAGAAGGGGAGUAAGCAGCAAGAAGGGAACAAGGAGAAGCCGGCUGGACAUCACGAUGAGGAGCAUGGGCAUGAAGAAGAGAGCGGACCACAUGCUUGGAUCGGGGUUGGUCUGAUCAGCGGCUUUGUGCUAAUGUACCUGGUCGACAAGCUGCCGCAAUAUGCGUCUGCGUCUUCCAAACAGCAGCAGAGGCCAUACCAUAUCUCGCUGGAUAACCUUGGAUCAGGUAUAGGGCGAGGCAUAUCGCCUGCACGAGCCAGCGGUAGCAGCACACGAUCCGGCGGCGGCAGCAGUGAAGGUAUGGCUACGACGGCCGGACUGGUGAUACAUGCGGCGGCAGACGGCAUUGCACUGGGAGCAUCCACGUCCAACAUGAGCCUGAGCCUGAUCAUCUUUGUGGCGAUCAUGGUGCAUAAGGCCCCUGCAUCUUUUGGCCUGACGUCCGUCUUGCUCAAGCAGGGCCAUACAACCAAGAGUGCCAGGGCACAUCUGCUGGUGUUCAGUCUUGCUGCGCCAGUCGGAGCGAUGUUGACCUGGGUUGUUGCGCAUACCAUCCUGGCCGGCCAUGCCAGUGACGAGCAGAGCAACCGGUGGAGGACAGGCAUGCUCCUACUAUUCUCCGCCGGCACAUUCUUGUAUGUUGCCAUGCAUACGAUGCAGGAGAAUCCUCUCGAGCCAGCCCGUCGAGAGUCUCAUGCAAACGGCUACGUCGAUGGGCGGGACCCACCGCAACGGCCAAAGCAGUCGAUGAGAGACCUCGUUGCGUCUGUCGUUGGGAUGGUGAUGCCGCUGUUCCUGCAAAUCGGCCAUGCCCACUGA